AUCAUCAUUAUUGUGAUUCUAGAAUCGACAUUUUUAUUAUUAUCAUCGCUAUUAUUAUCAUUACAAAUAUUGUUAUUAUGAUUAUCAUCAUUAUCAUUAUCAUCAUUAUCAUAGCAGUAAGAGUAGAACUAAUGGUAGUAUUAAUAGUAGUAUCUUCAUCACCUUUAUUAUCAUUUAUUAUUUUAUUCAAGAAGCGGCGUAGGAGCCCUAAUAUUGCGGAUCUAUUCUCAUGGCGACCCCUGCCAAAGAAACGAAGAAGGCAAGUGAUAACGGAGAUGCACCGGGCAGCGGAGGCGGGCGACGAAGUCCGUUUGCGUCGUCUUGUUGAUGAACGGCAAGAAGACAUCAACAAGCAAGACGAAAAUGGCCUCACGCCCCUCCAUCUGGCCGCUAAGAAGACACGCCCUCAAUGCUGUCAGAUCCUCCUCGACGUCAGCCACAAGGAAAUCAAUGUGAAGGACAGGUCAGGCAACACGCCUCUAGCACUCUGCAUCUCAAAUAAGCCGGAGUCGUUCGCAACGGCUAGACUGCUCGUUUCGGAGGGCGCCAACGUCAAUUUUUCGAACAAAGCAAAAUUAGCCGCCCUACACACUGCGGCCGAGCGGGGAAACCUGGAAGUUGUUCGUCUUCUCCUGCAGCAGAAGGACAUCGCGCUGAACCCGGAAGAUUCAGAAAGGCACACACCCCUCCACCUGGCGUCCAAGGCGGGCCACUGGAAGAUUUGCCAAGCCCUUGUGCUGGCCGGCGCGAACGUGGCAGCUUGCAAUGUCCGCGGUCAGACGGCCCUGCACAUCGCCGCAAAAAUGGGCUUCUCCGAGUGCUGCAAACAUUUGCUCUCAGCGGGAGAGGUCAACAGCCCCGACGCGCAGGGUAAUACUGCCCUGCACUUGCUGUGUGCUUCGGGGAAGAACAGUCCCGAGUGCGCCAGGGUUCUGUUCGAGGGAGGGGCCAGUGCUGACUCGAAGAACAAGAAAGGAGAAACGCCGUUCCAUGUAGCGCAAUUUACGCGAUUUGACGUAAAAAAGACUUUCCAGCACCAAGAGGUAGAUCUGUUUCUCCGAGACGCCAGUGGGAGCACAGCCUUGCACUACGCUGCGGACAGGCGGGAGUCGAAACACGUUGAAUUCAUACUGCUGAUGGCCCGGGAAAGGAGUCUGGACGUGAUGCGACUGGUAAAUGCUAGGAACGAAGCGGGGAUGACGGCUCUUCAUGUAGCCAUCGCGCGAGAAGAGAGAGAGAGCUGCAGGGCGCUCUUAAAGGCCGGGGCAGAUGCCACGAUAUCCUGUGAAUCCUUUGGGACUCCGAUCAGCAUGGCAUAUCAGAGGGGACUGCAAGACAUAUGUGACAUCCUUACAGAAAAGUGAAUAAAACACAUUAAGAUGUGCAGAUAUCAAUAACUGUUUUUGUAACAUUACUGAAUUCCAUAAAAUAGUUCAGCAUUUCAGUUUUGACUAAUAAUUUUCAUUAAAA